AUGGAAAAAAUUAACUUGACUAUAAUUUGUGGUCUUGGUGAUUCCAGAUCUCCGGGUUUAGUUUUCCCGAAAGAUUGCACAAGUGUAAAUCGUGAAUAUGCAAAAAUUCAGAACACCACCGGCGGAGUCUUCGAUAUUUAUCCGGACUCAAGAACCAAACCUGUCGAAGUUUACUGCGAUAUUGUAACGGAUGGAGGUGUAUUGAUUGUGUUUCAAAGACGAAUGGACGGAACAGAAGAUUUUUACAGAGGAUGGAACUACUAUGUCAAUGGAUUUGGAGAAAAAGAUAAAGAAAUGUGGUUAGGCUUAGAAACAAUCCAUCAACUGCCUAAAACCGGAAAUUUUGAAUUAAGAGUUGAAUUGGAAGAUUUUAAUGGAAACACUACUUAUGUCACAUAUGGUUAA